GUGAAAUCAUUAACUGCGUGGCCAGUAUCGACAAUGAAAUCAUAAAUUGUAACUUUAUAACGUUUUAAUAAUCGAUGAAGUUACACGAGGUAUUUAAGAGUGAGAAAUAUAUUAAAGAAGAAAAAACAUUGGUAAAUCAGAUGAAAAGAGCAGCAAGCAUUAUUAGCUACGUUUGAUUCAUUGAACUAAGUAGUAGCUAUUUUUUAGAAAAAGGGACCGAACAAAUCUUAAAACAGUAUCUUUGAAGAACUCUGUUGUUUAAAUAAUGGAAUCUGCUCUAAAAAUAUAUCGAUCAAAUAAAUUAGUGGUGAAAUGCUCAAGGGCUGUAAAGAAAAAAACCACUCAAUAGCAGGCGUGCUGGUCCGGGUCUGCAACUACAACCAGAAAGGCCAGAACGGGAGGCCCAUCGUCACAGAGCUGGACGACUUCUCACCGCUGAACGUGACCUGCACCGACGGGUGCCCUGGCGGCGGCUCGUUGACCUAUACGCAGUACUGUCACUACACAAAGAAAUAACUCUUCGUUUUAUUUGUUACCUAUUUUUACAGCUAGUUUACUUACUUGUAUUUAGAGAGAGAAAGAGAGAUUUUACAAAUUAAUGUGAAUUAAACUUUGUUUUGUGUAUGCAGUGUACUUUAAAAUAGAUAAAAAGUUAGCACCAGAGAGUAUUCUUUUAAGUGAUACAUUAAUUGUUAAAACUGUAAUUAAAUGUAUCACCUU